GCCACGUGGUGUUUGUGACGCGAGGAGAGCGCGACGCUGCAAUGGGCGGGAUGCGGCGGCGUCGGUUCGGGGACGGGGACGGGGACGGGGACAGGUUGCCGCCGGCCUGAGACCUGAUUCUUCAGGCAUCACCUGGGAGCAGAGUCUUCCUCACCCCACACUGUCAUAUCGAUCCUCACUGUGAGAGACAGGCUGGUGAGACUGGACGUCAGUCCAACUGAUGAACCGCAAUGUGCCAUCACAUGAUUUGUGGAGACGUUUUCCAUCCAUGUUUCUCCGCUGAGGACCAUUCCUGAAAUCAGCCUCUUCUGCUGACGGUUGGGGCAGCGAGGUCAGGAUGGCAAGCGGAGUGAGCGACGGCCCGUGCGAUCCGCCUCCAACCGAGGGAGAGUUGGAGCAGGAGGAUGAGCUGGAGCUGCAGGCCCAGGAGUACAUGGACCACGUGCGCAACCCCGAGCUGUGCGGCCCCCGGCCCCGCAGCUGCCCACUGGAGCCGUGCAGCGAGCAGCAGCAGCAGCAGCCGCGCGGCAGCAAGUCCAGCGCCUCUGACCUAAGUGUUCGGCUGCGGACCAGUCAGGUGCUGCCCAUCGACAACAUGCAGUCCAGACUCCUCUCCCUCCCCUGGGAGCUGGUCCUGGAGAUCUGCUCCUACCUGGAUGCCAGGUUCGUGCUCGGAGUCCUCCCCUUGGUGUGCCGAGCAUUCCAGUGCGUCCUGACCGAUGAGGUGACCUGGAGAAUACGGGCGCAGAAGAUCCUUGGCUUGACCUACCCAGUGUUGGAAGGUAAAGAUUUUGAUUGGCCGACUGCGUGCAUUGAGCUCGAGGAGCACCUUUCCCACUGGUCAGGCACCAACCCGAAGGUGGAGCAUUUCACACUGGCCGAUGGCCACUUUGCCUCGGUGGACUCAGUGCUGCUCAUUCAGAAUGCCUCGCUAUGUAUUUCGGGAUCCAGGGACAGGAACGUUAACAUCUGGGACCUUAGGCGAUUAGCCCAGGAUGGUGAGAAGGCGCUGGUGAAGACUCUUGGACACCAACCACGGGGAACGCACAGGGGCUGGGUGUGGGCUCUCGCAGCCCAGGAGAAUAUGCUGUGCUCUGGAUCGUGGGACAGCAGCAUCAAGCUGUGGGACAUGGCUGCAGAGGGGGCAGCAGUCCGGGACAUCAGAGGGAAGGCGGCUGUGCUUUGUCUGGUGUAUCAUCCUGACGUCCUGGUAACUGGAUCAUACGAUAAGUUGGUCACCAUGUACGACCCGCGAGUCAAUUACCCGGUGGUGUCCAGUCGGAAGCUGCACUCUAGCGCGGUGCUGUGCCUGGCAGCUGAUGAUCGUUUUGUACUGUCUGGUAGUGAGGACAGGACCCUGGUGGUAGUAGAUCGCAGAAACAAUCAUGUUCUACAAAAGCUACAGUUGGACUCCUACCUGCUGAGCAUGUCAUAUGAACGUGGUGAGCUAUGGGCCGGCGACAAGUGGGGCUUGGUACACGUCUUCGACCAACAGGGUGGCAACUUCCAGCAUGUCAAGUGUUUCAAUGUUGGUCAUCAUUCCCAGAUGACAGGGAUCAAGCAUUCCAUGGGCACCCUAUACACAUCAUCAACAGAUAAGACCAUUAAGGUGCACGUACCAACGGAGCCGCCUCACACGGUGUGCACUUUGCCGCACAAUGACGUGGUGAAUGGGAUCAGUGUGGAACGGGACGUGUUGGCAGCAGCUUCUGGAUCCAUGACUGUGGAGAUCUGGAAAAUGACCAAGUGACAAGGACUGGCUCUAGCCGAGGCAGCGGCCUGGGUUCCUGCAGAGCAGCGUAAGGAGGUCUUCAGCCCAUGCCAGCCUACAGCCGGUGUCAGGAUCUUCCGUAUGAAGGAAUGAAUGCUUUAGCAUACUUUAGUAAGAUCUCCCACUGGCACUAUGUGGCUUCAGACAACCCCAUCAUUUUCCUAAUCCAUUAAAUUCUUAUUGAAUGGGA